CCGGGACGCUCGGCCGAAUCCCUGGAAUUUCAGGCUCGGCCGGAGCCCGGCCCCGCUCCCGCCCGGCCCCGCCCGAGCCCGGCCCCGCCGCGGCUCCGGAGGGAAAUUCCCCGCGCGGUCCCGCUCCCCCGGCCCAGGAACGCCCCUGGAGCAGCCGGGCCCCCUCCGCCAUGGCCUCGCCCCCCCCGCCUGCAGUAGGAUCUCCGCCGGAGCCGCCGGUGCCCGGGGGGAUGGAGGAGCUGGGCCAGGCCUUCAGCUUCGAGGACAGCGAGGAGGAGGAGGAGGAGGAGGAGGAAGACGAGGAUUCAGGAGCUGAUCCCUGCCCUGAUCCCUGCCCUGAUCCCUGCCCUGAUCCUGGAGCCGAUGGGGCUCUCCAGGCGCCCCCGCGCCGCCGGCGCCCGCCCAGCUCCGAGGGGCUGGAGCCAGAGACUGAGGAAGGGAUCCCAGCUCAGGUGAGCAACGGCGAGGCCGGAGGAGAUUCCCAGAUCCGGAACCGCACCUGGAAGAGGGAGAGCAUCUGCAGAGGGGAGCGUUUCUCCUUCCCGGCCGUGGAGGACGAGGUGAUCUACGACGACGUUCCCUGCGAGGGCCUGGACGCGGAGCAGGAUGGCGCGGGGCUCAUCUACGCCGAGGUGCAGCGCGGGGAGGGGACGCGCCUGGGGCAGGACCUGGGCUGGAGCUCCAGCGACUUCGAGAGCUACAGCGACUCCGGGGAGGAAUCGCGGCCGGAAUCGCGGCGGGACAGCGAGCGGGACAGCGAGCGCGCCAGGCUGCGGGCGGCCUUCCAGCCCCGGGUGUCCCAGCUGAUGCGGGCGGCGCGCAGCGGCACCAAGGACGGGCUGGAGCGCACGCGCAUGGCGGUGCUGCGCAGGGUGACCUUCCUGCAGCGCCGCGACAGCCCAGGGGACUCGGAGGAGGAGGACACCGGGUUCCUGGAGGUCACCGUGUCCGACCUGCGGCACCCCCCGCCCGAGCUGGGCCCCGCGCCCCAGGGGCUGAGCCCGCAGCAGGUGCUGCGGCGGCACAUCCUGGGCUCCAUCGUGCAGAGCGAGCGCAGCUACGUGGAUUCCCUGAAGCGCAUCCUGCAGGAUUACCGCAAGCCGCUGCUGGAGAUGGAGCCCAAGGUGCUGAGCGCCCGCAAGUGCCAGGUGGUGUUCUUCCGGCUGAGGGAGAUCCUGCAGUGCCACUCCAUGUUCCAGAUCGCCCUGGCCUCGCGCGUGGCCGAGUGGGACUCCAACGAGAAGAUCGGGGACCUCUUCGUGGCCUCGUUCUCCAAGUCCAUGGUGCUGGACGUCUACAGCGACUACGUCAACAACUUCACCACGGCCAUGUCCCUGAUCAAGAAGGCCUGUCUGACCAAGCCUGCCUUCCUGGACUUCCUCAAGAAGCGGCAGAUGGCCAGCGCCGACCGCGUCACGCUCUACGGGCUGAUGGUGAAACCCAUCCAGAGGUUCCCUCAGUUCAUCCUCCUGCUGCAGGACAUGCUGAAGAACACGCCCCGCGGGCACGGCGACCGGCUGGCGCUGCAGCUGGCGCUCACCGAGCUGGAGACGCUGGCCGAGAAGCUCAACGAGCAGAAGCGCGUGGCCGAGCAGCUGGCGGAGAUGCAGCAGCUCAGCAAGAGCAUCGGCGACCGCGGCGGCCUCAGCAAGGCGCUGGCGGCGGGGCAGCGGCAGCUGCUGCUGUGCGAGACGCUGACCGAGACGGUGUACGGCGAGCGCGGGCAGCUGCUCAAGUCCAAGGAGCGCAAGGUGUUCCUGCUCAGCGACCUGCUGGUGUGCGCCAACGCCAACUUCCGGGCCCAGCUGGAGCUCAGCAGCCUGGUGCCGCUGGGCCCCCGCUACGUGCUCAAGUGGAGCUCGGCGCUGCCGCAGGUGCAGGUGCUGGAGGUGGGGCAGGACGGCGGCGACAAGGACGGGGCCACCGCGGCCACCGCGGCCACCGCGGCCACCGCGGCCACCGCGGGCCAGCGCCGGCUCGGCCACGGCCCCGGCCCCGCGCCCGCCGGGCCGGCCGCGCACAACAAGGUGUACCUGGGCCCCCCGCGGCUCUUCCAGGAGCUGCAGGACCUGCAGAAGGACCUGGCGGUGGUGGAGCAGAUCACGCUGCUCGUCAGCACCUUGCACGGCACCUACCAGAACCUGAACAUGGCGGUGGCCCAGGACUGGUGCCUGGCCCUGCAGAGGAUGAUGAAGGUGAAGGAGGAGGAAAUCCACUCGGCCAACAAGUGCCGGCUGCGGCUGCUGCUGCCCGGGAAACCCGACAAGUCGGGCCGCCCCAUCAGUGUCAUGGUGGUGUUCAUCACCCCCAGCCCCCUGAGCAAGAUCUGCUGGGUGAACCGGCUGCACCUGGCCAAGAUCGGCCUGAGGGACGAGAACCAGCCGGGCUGGCUCUGCCCUGACGAGGACAGGAAGAGCAGAGCUCCCUUCUGGUGCCCCAUCCUGUGCUGCCACAUUCCAGCCUUCUCCUCCAAAGCCUUGGAUCUGCAGCUCGGAGCUGCUGUGCACAAUCCCGUCCAUUCCUCACUCCUGGGAUUCUCAGCUGUCAGCACCUCCCUGCCCCAGGGCUUCCUGUGGGUGGGAGGGGGGCAGGAGGGGGCGGGGGGGCAGGUGGAGAUCUUCUCCCUGAACCGCCCCGUGCCCCGAACCGUCAAGUCGUUCCCGGUGCCGGCCCCGGUGCUGUGCAUGGAAUUCAUCCCGGAGCCGCAGCCCCCGGAUCCCGCCCAGCCGGGAGCGGCCCCGGAGCCGGCGCCCAACGCCCCCCACCCUGCAGUGUGCCUGGGCCUGCAGGACGGGAGCCUGCUGGUGUACGGCGCGGUGGAUUCGGGCACCCCGUGCCUGCAGCGCUGCCGCGUCCCCGGCUCGCCGCCCGUCCUGUGCCUCCGACACAGCCCCGAGCUGCUGCUGGCCGGGCUGCAGGACGGGCACGUGGCCGCCUUCCCCCGGAGCCAGGAGGGUCUGUGGGAUGCGGGCGCGGUGCGGAUGCUCCGGGUGGGGCCGGGCCCCGUGCGGGCGCUGCUGGCGCUCGAGGAGUCGCUCUGGGCCAGUUCCCAAAACCUCGUCAGUGUCCUGAGCACUCCAGAGCUGCAGAGCCAGCACCGCUUCGAGGCGCACCCCGAGCCCGCGGCGGCCGUGACGCGGAUGGUGCGCGCGGGCAGCGGCGUGUGGAUGGCGUUCGCACAGGGCUCCUCCAUCCGCCUCUUCCACACCGAGACCCGCGAGCACCUGCAGGAGAUCAACGUGGCCACCAGGACCACCCUGCUGCAGCCCGGGCAGAAGCUCGUGCACGUCACCAGCCUCCUGCUGUGCCAGGGCUCGCUCUGGGUGGGGACAGACCUGGGAAUCAUCGUCCUGCUGCCCGUGCCGCGCCUGGAGGGCAUCCCGAAAAUCACCGGGAAGGGGAUGGUGUCCCUGAACGGCCACGCCGGCCCCGUGCAGUUCCUGGCGCUGGCUCUCAGCACUCUGGCCCCCGACGCGCUCCGGGCCGAGCAGGACGAGCCCGACGAGGCCGAGGAGGAGAAAUCGCCGGACCCGGAGGGGCUCCCGCCGCAGGAAAUGCGGAAAAAGGGGAUUGUGCUACAGUACCGGCUGCGCUCCACGGCGCACCUGCCCGGCCAGCUGCUCUCCGUGCGGGAGGCGGCGCCGGGAGCGCCGGGAACGCCGGGGCACGCCGAGGAGGACGGCUCCAUCUACGAGCUGGCCGACGAUCCCGACGUGUGGGUGCGCAGCCGGCCCUGCUCCCGGGAUUCUUCCCGCAAGGAAAUCUCCUCCGUGGCCAUCGUCUCCGGGGGCCGCGGCUACCGGGAUUUCCGGGCGGAAUCCGCGCGCCGCUCCGGGGAUGCCGACAGCUCCCUGCUCAUCUGGCAGCUCCCGCUGGUGCUGUGAGCCCGCCCGGAAUUCCCGAAUUUCCUACCUCAGGAAUCCCUCAAAUUCCCGGGAGCGGCGCCGCCUCAGCCGCUGCGAGGAAAGAAAAACUGGGGGAAAAGCGGGAUUGUCCCCUAAAUCCAUUUGGAGUUGGGAGCGGCGGGAUUUUCCCGGUUUCCCUCUGUGUGUGCGUGUGUGUGUGUGUGGAUAAUCCCUAGAGAUAGAAAUCCCUGGGUUAUAAAUAGGCUGUACAUUAUUACCUGUAAAAAGGAGGAAUCUGUAUAUAUUGGGAAUGCCGGGAAGAGCGGGAGCAGCUCCCGAAAAAGCGGCUCCGGCUGCAAUAUCCACUCCUCCCAGUCCCGACUGGGAAUUUGUGGAAUUACCCCUGGAUUUGGGAGCCGGGCCCGCUCGGCUUCCCAAGGAAAGGAAAACAGGGGGAGCGUGGAAAUAAAUCCCAUAGGAAUUGCCGUGGUUUCCUUGGUUUGUGGCUUCAGGGCUUUUCCAGGAUUUGGGGGCAGCAUUCCAAGGAUUCUGCUGCCCUGGGAGUGCAGAUUUCCAAUGGAAUGGGGAGAGCUUUAAGAUGAUUCCAGCCCAUCCUGGA